GCAAACUGCGCAUCCAGCGUCUGGGCUCUGCAGUGUGCACCAUGGCGGAGCUGGAUCGGGUGGAGAAGAGCAGCCACAGCUUGGACAAAAGCAUAACGCUGCCGCCUGAUGAGAUAUUCCGCAAUUUGGAGAACGCGAAGCGGUUCGCCAUUGACAUAGGUGGCUCUCUAACCAAGCUCGCAUAUUACUCCACCGUCCAGCACAAAGUGGCCAAAGUGCGAUCUUUCGACAAUACUGCAAAGGAGGCGUCGAGCGAAAAACUGUACGAGAUCUCGGUGCAGGAGGAGAUCACAGCCCGUCUGCACUUCAUCAAGUUUGAAAACGCCUACAUUGAGACCUGCCUCGACUUUAUCAAGGACCACCUGGUCAACACUGACACGAAGCUGAUAAAAGCCACGGGAGGCGGGGCACACAAGUUUAAAGACCUCAUCGAAAAGAAACUUGGACUAAAGGUGGAUAAGGAGGAUGAGAUGACCUGCCUGAUCCGGGGCUGUAACUUCGUGCUGAGGAACAUCCCCCACGAGGCCUUCAUCUUCACCAAGCACGCCGACUCUGAGUUCCGCUUCCAGAACACCCACCCGGACAUCUUCCCCUACCUGUUGGUCAACAUCGGCUCCGGGGUGUCCAUCAUCAAGGUGGAGUCCGAGGACAGGUUUGAGCGUAUUGGAGGGAGUUCCAUCGGCGGGGGAACCUUCUGGGGCCUUGGAGCUCUGCUCACCAAGACAAAGAGGUUCGAUGAGCUGCUGCAGCUGGCCUCCAAGGGCCAGCACACCAACCUGGACAUGCUGGUGAAGGACAUCUACGGCGGCUCCUACGGGUCCCUGGGGCUCACCGGAGACCUCAUCGCCAGCAGCUUCGGGAAGUCGGCCACCACGGACAAAGAGUUCUCCAAGGAGGACAUCGCCAAGAGUCUGCUGCACAUGAUCAGCAACGACAUCGGCCAGCUGGCCUGCCUGUACGCCCGGCUGCACAGCCUCACCAGGGUCUACUUCGGGGGCUUCUUCAUCCGGGGCCACCCCGUCACCAUGCACACCAUCACCUACAGCAUCAACUUCUUCACCAAGGGUGAAGUCCAAGCCUUGUUCCUGAGGCAUGAGGGAUAUCUGGGAGCCAUCGGGGCCUUCCUUAAAGGAGCAGAGGAAGACAACCCCAACCAGUACAGCUGGGGGGAGAACUACGCCGGGAGCUCGGGCCUUAUGAGCGUGUCUCCGGACAUCAACCCCAUGCAGCGCGCACGCAGCGGAACGUUUGACAUGCUGGAGAUGGACCGUCUGGAGAGGAAGCUGGUGAACCUGCCGCUGCUGGAGGACCCCUCCUCCUACGUCCCCGACACGGUGGACCUGACCGAGGACCCGCUGGCCCGCGAGUACUGGCUCUUCUGCUUCGAGGACGCCCUGGACGGGGUGGUGAAGCGCGCGGUGGCCAGUCAGCCCGACCUCCCGGAGGCCGUGGAGCGCGCCGAGAAGUUCCGGCAGAAGUACCGCCACAAGCUGCAGACGCUGCGGCAGCAGCCCUUUGCGUACGGAUCCCUCACAGUCAGGAGCCUGUUAGACACCAGAGAACACUGUUUAAACGAGUUCAACUUCCCUGACCCCUACUCUAAGAUCAAGCAGAGGGAGAACGACGGCGCUCUGCGCUGCUACCAGAAGGCCGUGGCCGCACUGGACGCCCUCGGCUGGGAGGAGAAGCAGUUCGCUCUGGUCCGCGGGGUCCUGGCGGGGAACGUCUUCGACUGGGGGGCCAAGGCCGUGUCCGAUGUCCUGGAGACGGACCGAGACUUCGGCUUCGAGGAGGCCAAACAGAAGCUGGAAGAGCGCCCGUGGUUGGUGGACUCCUACAACCAGUGGCUGCAGAGACUGAAGGGGCCUCCUCACAAGUGUGCGGUGUUCUUCGUGGACAACAGCGGGAUGGACAUCAUCCUGGGGGUCAUGCCCUUCGUCCGAGAGCUGCUCCUUCGGGGCACGGAGGUGGUGCUGGCCAGUAACUCCAGCCCCGCCCUCAACGAUGUGACCAAUGGGGAGCUGCAGAUCCUGACGGAGACGAUCGCGGCCAUGGACCCCAUCAUCCAGGCUGGGCUGAAGGAGGACCGGCUGGUUCUGGUCCAGACUGGAUCCAGCUCCCCCUGCCUGGACCUCGGGCGGCUGGACAAGGAGCUGACCAUCGUGGUGCGGGAGCGGGAGGCGGACCUGGUGGUGAUCGAGGGGAUGGGCCGCGCCGUCCACACCAACUACUUCGCCCGGCUCAGCUGCGAGAGCCUCAAGAUGGCGGUCAUCAAGAACACCUGGCUGGCAGAGCGGCUCGGCGGGAAGCUGUUCAGUGUGGUGUUCAAGUACGAGCUGCCGACCCCGCCCCCCCCCGCCGCCCCCCCCAUGAAGGAGGAGGAGGAGGAGGAGAAGGCCGUGUUCAGCCCCUAGGGGGCGCCCCACCCCACUCAGACGGGAAUGUCCAGAGCGGUUACCUGUGGUGGUUGUCGUGUCGACGAAGAUGAAGAUGUCACUUGGUGGAUGGAUGAGUGAUUGUUAUGGUGAUUGUAGUGAGAUUACGAAGGCAGAGUUAUCAAGGGGGGGGGGGGGGGGGGGUAGCAGAGAGAAUGUUUUUUGGUAGCAAUGACAGGAUAAUGAUUUUCAACUUCCUCAUUUAGGAAAGCAUAAUUCCUCCCUAUAAUGUAAUCCUAAAGGUAUCAGAGUAGGACUAUCUGCUGCCUAAACACAGUAUGAGACACCAAUGACCAGGAUCUGCAAUCGAUCCCAGAUCGCUGUUCCGCAUCAUCCCAUCUAUCGCUAGCCUCCCGUCUUUGACGGCUUGUAUUGGAAUCCGGUUCCUGAAGCAAAUAUAUCCGUGAACAAGAAUAUCAUAAGGGACUUGUUUAUAUACUCGGCAAAUUGUAAUCAACAAUAAGAUGUUUAUUUAGUGUACGUGUCACAAAACAAGAAGAAAAAUGAGCACAAAAUACCCCAGUGAUCAGUACUCCCACUUGUGCAAUGGUGUGUUAUGGCGAGACGUUACCAUAACACGUCACCAUUAAAGCACUUCCAGCAGGGAUGGGGUAAGCGGGGGGGGGGGGGGGGGGUGCGCGUGUUUUUGUUUACAUGUACCCAUAAAAAGUAAUUACACCCUGUUGUGGUGAAUUAACUGCAAAAAAUAUGUGCGUCUAAUGUGCCUCUGUGCCUUCGUGCCCGUCGCGUCGCUCGCUUCUAUCGUUCUGUUUUCCCAGGGGUUGGACAUGGCCCAUACGUCCUUUUAGUGUGAGGUGUUUUCUUUUUCUUUUUUACAAUACAAGGAUGAAUGAAUUUGGACGAGUGAAUAAUUUUGAAGACACAGAACAGGUUGUGAGUUAAUGUUGCUUCAGGGACUUGGUGAAAACGCACUUUAUCGCCAUCAUUUAGUGUUUAGCGGCGAACCACAAGAGGGCAGUGUUUCACUGUGAACUUUAGGAUUCCUCUGAAACUUUGCCACUGCUCGGAAUUUAACACGGAGUUGCCAGCUUUGUGUUUACAUGUAGCCUAUCAGGUGUUGGUUUUGAUGCAGUGUUCCUCGCUUGCCCAUUUUUCUGGAAUGAAACAAGGUUACAUUGAGCAAAUUUAGCCAGUGGAUUAGAUACCACGACAAAGUAUUAUAAGGAAAUAUUUGACAGAGUGGUUUGGGAGAAUAAACUUAAGGAAACAAAGUCCACCCAUGCAGUAGGCCUAUGUGGCCAAAACACUGUGAAGGCAUUUGGUUUAAGUGAUUGGUAAUAUCUCGACUGGUUUGAACGCCGAUUGGAGGGCCUCUUGUCACGCAGACGCACCUUGUGUUGUUUGUAGCCUACAUAGAAUGAACAAGCGUAUGUGUAUUUCAUUAAUUUGUAAACACGUUCAAAACACAAGUUUGUGUACCGUAUUAUCCUCUGACAAUCAACCUUCAUUAAAUGUUCCAAACUAUAUUUUA